AUGGCUCCACUAGGCGAACCCCAGACUGGAAUUCACUCAUUCUCAUUCUCACGAUCCACACCUUCUCGUGCUCAUCAGCCCAACCAUAAUAACCCAACCCAUAUAAGGGACUAUAUCAAUACCGGCACCUUCGUGCAGCUUCUCGCCGGCACGGUCGGAAUUUUUAUUCUCUCUGUUCUUUUCUGGAAGACCGGUCAGUUUCUGCGGGCCCGGACCAGACACCGAGUACUGCAAGAGGGCAAACAACCGACAAGUCGAUUCGCCAGGACUUGGUAUGGCUGGGUGCCCCUCGAGAUACACGAGAGGAACAAGAGUCGAUUUCGGAAAGCAUUUCGAUACAUACUGGACUGGUUCUCCUGGGAGUCUCCAAGAACAAGUUAUGAGUGGAUGUGGUGGGACCCGGGCUGUGAGGCGAGAGAUGAACGACGAGCCAGACGCAAGCGACUUCGCUUGCUCCCACGAUUUCUUCAAAGCACUGAAUUCACUCCAGCUUUCUCCGCCGCUUAUCCUCGAUCUUCAGUAGAAUGUCAUGGGGCAUUGAUGAGCGGUAACAGCGGCCCCAACUCGCAAGACAUUCGACCUGCAUCUGAAUGGGAGACGGCCGUCAAUGCAUGGUCCCAGCCUGCUGAGUUGUUUGAUGGACGCUCAAAUAGACCCACGACGUCCAUGCCUCACCACAGGCUCCAUUCGUUUCCAGAGGAGCUCACGCAAAGACGCAGCAGCCCGGUUGGAGAAGGCGCGAGGCAUUCAGGAGUAAGGAAAAAUGCAUCUCACUUGACUUUGCCAUCCAAGAUUCAUUCAGUCUCCUCAUCGGUCAAUGGGCGGCGCGACUACCGCAGAGAUGACAUGUGGCAGCUCAACAGAAGACCGCGUAUCCGCCACUUGUCACUGGCAUCAUUCGAAUCAGAGAACACUCAGAUUGCGGAGUACGAUGGUGGGCUCGGUCCCGCGCUUGCGUCCCACACUCGACAUGACUGCUCUAGCAUCCCUUCGACGCUUUCAUCGAGAAAAAGCCACCGACCAAUGCGCAGAUACAGUGCCUGGUCAGCGAAGAUGCAGAUAGGAGUGCGCUCGUAUGUGGAACAACGCCGCAAAGAUUCAUCUGGGCCUCCAGGGACCCCAGCUACCGCCGUCUGGACGACCAGUCGCUCAGAGCAAAGCAUUUGGGACCUUCACCAAGCCCAAAUGAUGACCAAUAACCGAGCGUCUAAAUCGACAUUCGAAAACACGCCGGUCUCAAUGGCCGCUGCUCCCGGAUCCAAGCUCAUUGAAAGACAAAUAACACUUACGGUUGACCAUACGUCUGCCAAUUCUGGAAGAUUCAACACCGCCCCAGUCCGAGUUCGGCCCCCGGGAAAGCCGAAGUCAUUUGUGAUGCACACCUCGAAUGAGCCCCUACACUCCUGGCACGGAAGGCGCGGUGUUUCACCGAAAGAUCUGACCGUGCAAGUAUUACCCGGCAGGGCCAGACGCUCCACAAGAUCUCAAGCCACGCCAAAUUGCAGGCGUCUUCGACGUAAAGGCCGCGAAAAGGUGCCAUUUCCGACUGCGAAGCUCAGCGACUGGGAACUACGCCUGAUUGACCAACUGAACCGCAAGGUGAAAUGGGUGUAUGACGAGAUGACCCCUGGCCACAGACCGUAUCAAUUCAGUCUCCUUGCCAACCAUUGGCUCAAUACAGCCACAUGGGUGGUGACUGAUCCCGUCUCGAGGGUAUCCACUGACUAUCGUCGGCGUUGGGGGGACCCCCGAUUCCCACUGCCUGGGAGCAGCGACAGCGGUGUCCCGAGGCCCAAAUACGCUAAGAACCGCCAGAGGAGGGCUCGAAUCCCACGCAUAGAUUCAUGGCGGAUUGCUGUAAAUCGACAAAGAAAAGUUUCUGGAAACAGAAAUAUCCUUCACUCAGUUGAGCUGUACGAAGAGUCAGCCGAAGAACCUCCAGAUGGGCACACCGACCCGGCGGCAUGGAUGCUACCGAAGCCACCGCAAGGACAUGCGAUGUCAAACAAGCAAAAGAACGCGUGGUAUGACGGAGGAGCAGGUUGGCAGGAAAAACUGGAGGAUUGGCAGCAGGUCGGCCGAGGAUAUCGCCUUGAUAAGUUCAUCCACGAAGGCCGUGCAAACCGGACCCGUGUCAGGGAGGUAGCGUCGUCCUUUCAGAGAGGCUGCCUCGCUGCGUCCCUGGCACUGCUUCCAAGGGAGCGAGCACGCUCACCAACUUGA